UUCCAUUUUCCUCCCUUAUUGAAUCUCGCCCACCUCUCUAUCUCCCUCUCUCUCUCUCGCAUCAUCGCCGCCGUCCAUUUUCAUGGAAAAAGGCAAGGCGAAGUCGGCGGCGGCGGCGGUCACCGAUUCCCUUCCCAAGCUCGAUUCCGUCGCCAGCUCCGAAUCCAGUUCCGAUCGCAGAUUCGCCUCCUGGCUCCAACCGUCCGGGCAGCUGAGCAAGAGGUCAAGCCACCGAGUCUAGUCAGUCUGUGCGUGGGGGUUGUUGGCAAGCACUUGGAGGAUAUAAUUGCAGAUUUGGAAGAGAUUGCCAUUACCUUCCCUCGGAUAUUAAGGUUUUCAUUUGAAAUGGCACUGGCAGCAGUUGCUCGGAGGAGACGGUUACUUGAUGACAAUGUAAUUGUUCCUUUGGCUGAUGGUUCAUGGGAGAUCCUUGACAUCUCUGGUUCAAAUGUUACUGAUGUGGGAUUGAUUAAAUUAGCUGAAAUAUGCAGGUCUCUUCGAGCUGUGGAUAUAAGUCGGUGUGAAAAUAUCACUGUGGCUGGUGUGUCUGGAGUUUUGCAGCAUUGUCAUUCGCUAGAAACUUUGAGAUGUGGAGGGUGCCGGAGGAGUGACUACAUGGCACGAUGUUGUUUGGGCAUAUUGAAACCGAAGCUGCGUGAUGUGGAUGGCGAUUCAUGGGAGGAACUUGAUGCCACUGAAAUCAUAGAUGGUGCUCAUUCGUUGCGUUGGCUUGUGUGGCCAAGGAUUGAUAAAUAUACUUUGGAGGAUUUCUCUGCCGAAUGCCCGCGCAUCACGGUAAAUCCCAAGCCAUCACCUUUCACUCUAAGAGGGGCCCAAGUUCCGAGAGAAGCGUGGCCAGAUAUCAUACUGGAUGAACCCUUUGUUAAGGAUAUUGAUCCCGAGACAUGGGCUGUGUCUGGAUUUAGACCCAGGAAGAUUUCUGCACCUCUAUCUAGCCCAACAUCUGAAUUGUCGGUGGCUGAAAAGUUUAGGCUUGCAUUUCUUGAAAGAGACAAUCGGUUAGCCCCAAAACGUGCGAAGAACGUGAGGCAACAUCAACGGCGUGCGGAAAAAGAGUUUAUGGCAAUGGAUACGAGGACAAAAGCCCUUGCUCUGGCCUCAAAAUUGGGCAAAUUACUGCAUAAUAGGCAUUAGUGUCCCGGUAUAAUCAGGGGCAACACCUUGGAGAGAGCGUUUGUCGUUUGACCAUGCUGUUUUUCGGUGCUUGUGUUUACAAGCUCUGCAGCAUGUGGCCCUGGGUUGAUGAGGUUCAGCUAGCGUGCGUUAGCACUCUUGUGAGCUUAGCAUUUGGGCCGUUAAAAUUUGUAAUUAUUAGAUUCCCCGGUCAUAUAAUGUCUGUAUGUCGUGGUGAUGAGAUGAACUGACGGACGUUUCAUAGCGUCGGAAUAGCGUUAGAAGUGUGCGACUGGUUGGCACGGGGCUGGUCUUGGGCUGGGGGCAGGCCCGUUUUAGGUCUGUAAUUUGUUCUUUCUGUAUCUAAAUCCUGUAGGACACUUCUCAAGCCCGUAAUACCAGUCCAAUAGCGAAUUGGCUGAAAUGAAAAGGAAAUAAUAAUGACAA